AUGUACUCCGGGUCCGGUUAGUAUUAAAUCACAAUUAUCAAAAACAAUGUUUAGGUAACUGUACAUGUUAUGAAUAUAUGUGUAGGUCAUAACAAUGAUUCCAUGAACAUAUUUAUAUAUGUACAGGUAUGUAUCAGGACCGUCCUUUGGGCCUCAAGCAUUAAAUUUACAUGGAUUUGAGUCCUCGAGUUCGAAAAAUAAAUACGAAUUUCAAUAAAAUAAAAUGUCACGUUUAAGUUGGGGAUCAUGAGGACGACCCUGCAUUCGUUUGCGCGUUACACCAAAUUAAUAAUAAUUACAACGUUUUUAAAACAUACGGACUUUGAAUAUUAUUUACCCAUUUACAUUUUCUUUUACUUAUCUGUUAGUUUUUAACUAGCGUUUUGCUUGGAAAUUAAUGUAUAAAAUAUUGUGUAUUCAAUUAUUGUUAUGAUUUGAUUGUGCUAUUGUACCUUUGAACAUAUAGGUGAUGCCCAUAAAGAUGUUUUCCCCGAAGAAUUGGUAAAACUUGCCCAACUAUCGAUUUAUGAUAAGACGCAUACAGAUGAGUCCGUACAGUCGUUGAUGGGAUUUAGAUUAAAACCUAGAUACAAUGAAACGGUUGACUUGACUUUGGUAAAACAAAUUAUGCAUACCACACACCAAACACAUUUAGACGGGAAAAAAUGGAAAGAUCUGGAUCCGAAAAUGAUCUGCACUACCAUUUCGAACGAAAUCAACGAUCGUGUGAAAGAUUUGUGCCGAUCGAUUCGCGAAGACAACCGAUACAAAUGUGUCGUUGAAACGUGCAUCAGUAAAAUCAAUUUGCAGGGAGUGACGAAGAAAACCGGUUGUCUUUGGGAUUUGAAAACCGACAAACUCGUUAGUGAAAGCUAUAUUAACGAACAUUUAUUGUGCUGCUCUGAAGUGAUCAUCAUAUUUUACUAUUGA